AUGGCAUUAUCCAACUGGGCAGCAUAUCUGAACAGGUCAACAAAGCUGCUUAGAGACAGCAGCACCAAAAUACUCCGUAUGGAAGGCGCAGACGGGCCUUCAAGAGCACCUUUGACGCUCUUCAGGUUAAACUCCAAACAGGUCAUCGAACAGUUCGCGACUGGGUGCGAUGCAGAUAUUGGUGGCACGUCUGCUCGUAACAAGGGCAGUGGGAGCACAGCUACAAGUCGGUUUUGGGGUGAGAUGAGACUGGAUGUCAGACAGGAACUGCAAGGGCGAAUCAGAGGUGGAUAUGCUGGUUUUCGGUCCAAGCCCCGUCCGACACUCUUCGGUGAAAUGGUGGACGAUGUUUCAAAUCACCAGUUCCUUGCCCUGAGGCUACGUCUCGGUGGUGAUCCCCGGUUGCGCAACUCGUAUUUUGUGAACUUACAAACUGACGGGCCGAUCACGACGGACCUGUGGCAGCACCGGCUAUACUUUCAACGAAAUGAUGGUGGCUGGGAAGAUAUAUUUAUACCGUUUGAGAACUUUAUACUGACGAAUACGGGUGAAUUAGUGCAGCAUCAAAUUGUGAUGAUGCGCGAGCGGAUACGAACGGUUGGGAUAUCGCUGCUUGGGGGGAACAGCGGUGUUUCGGGUUCGUAUGACCUCGGCAUUGACUCCAUACGGGCGGUGAAUGAGGAAGAUGUGACGCGGCCCCCAUGUAAGUAG